AUGUUGGCCAAGUCUCAUAGCCUCACUAUAGAUUGCGUCGCGUACGACCUGGAAGACUCGGUCGCGCCCGAUCAGAAGCAGCACGCUAGGGAGGCACUGGGCAGUUUUCUUUCGAGCCUGAAGCACGACCGGCCCAAAGGUAUCGGAGAGAUAGCUGUUCGGGUCAACGCGACGGACACGAAACACAUUGAGGAUGACCUUAGGGCGGUGGUAGACACACCUGGGCUGAAUACCAUCGUGUUGCCUAAAGUGCAGACUGCAGCAGAUAUUCACUUUGUCACUGAUGCGAUCCGCCAUUUACGCCAGAAUCACAGUCCACUCAGUAUCAUCGCUCUCAUAGAAACGGCCAAGGGCCUCAUUAAUCUAAACGAGAUCAGUGCCGCGAGCUCGCUCAUAUCUGGACUUGCCUUUGCAGCUGAAGAUUUCUGCCACGACCUUUCCAUCACGCGCACGCCAUCUUUGACAGAACUUCUAUUCGCCCGCAGUGCUAUAGUCACUGCAGCUCGCGCUCACGAAAUUCCUUCUGCCAUCGACUUGGUGACAACAUCCUUCAGGGGAGAGGACGGCACACGCCAUCUCGAACUUGAGUGCACAGACGGCAAACGACUUGGCUUUAAUGGGAAGCAACUGAUUCAUCCGAGCCAGACAGAGGUGGCGCAGAGGGUCUUCUCGCCUUCCCAAGAGGAAUUGUUAUGGGCAGUCAAGGUGAUGAUUGGGAAUGCUAAAGCGCUGGCGGGUCAAGGACGGGGUGCUUGGACUCUGGAUGGGAAGAUGAUUGAUGUGCCGGUGGUCAAGAGGGCUGAGGCAGUUGUGGCCAAAGCCGAGGCAUGCGGCAUGGAUGUUCAAGCUUUGAGAGACACAUGGAAAGAUUUACAGCCGCAAUGA